AUGAAGCACGACAUAAACGCGUUUACCGGGGAGGUCGAAUGUAGGGCAAAUGGCAGAGAGAGUGCAGAAGGAGGAAGAGUGAUUGUAGAAGUUGGUGACAAAGUGGCAAAAGUCAGAAAGGUUGACAGUAGGUUUGAUAGCACUUGGGACUCAAGAGAACAAACUGUGGCCUUCAGCUUUGAUUACUGCUACUGGUCAGUUGAUCCUGAAGAUCCAAAUUAUGCAUCUCAGGAAAUGGUGUUCCAGGACCUUGGCACUUCUGUGUUGUCAGGUGCAUUUAGAGGAUACAACAUCUGCCUCUUUGCAUAUGGACAGACAGGCUCAGGAAAAACUUACACAAUGUUGGGAACACCUGCAUCCAUUGGGCUGACUCCUCGUAUAUGUGAGGGCCUCUUUUCAAGGAAGGAUGACUACUCAGACCAGACAGCAUCUUGCAGGGUAAAGGUCAGUUUUCUUGAAAUCUAUAAUGAGCGUGUCCGAGAUUUGUUAAGGCAGUCAGACCGAAAGAAGCCUUACACACUUCGAGUCCGAGAACACCCUGAAACAGGACCAUAUGUACAAGGAUUGACUCAGCAUUUAGUUACAGACUACAAGCAAGUUGUAAAACUUCUAGAAGAAGGAAUAGCUAAAAGAAUCACAGCAGCUACGCAUAUUCACAAUGCCAGCAGCAGAUCCCAUGCUAUCUUCACCAUCCACUACACUCAGGCUAUAUUGGAGAACAAUCUCCCCUCUGAAAUUUCAAGCAAGAUCAACUUAGUGGACCUUGCAGGCAGUGAAAGAGCUGAUCCCAGUUACUGUAAAGAUAGAAUUACUGAAGGUGCCAACAUUAACAAGUCAUUAGUUACUCUUGGAAUUGUCAUAUCCACUUUAGCACAAAAUUCUCAGAUGUCCAGCAGCUGCCAGAGCAUUAACAGCAUAGCAAGUGAAGGGGAGAGCAGUCAUGCAGACAGUCCUUCCACCGACAGCACCAGUGGGACCAGACGACCAGCCUACAUCCCAUACCGUGACUCCAUCCUCACCUGGCUUCUGAAGGACAGUCUGGGGGGCAACUCCAAAACCAUUAUGAUUGCCACUAUCUCUCCUGCCAGCUCCAGCUACAAUGAGACCAUGAGUACCUUGAGAUAUGCUUCAAAUGCCAAAAAUAUUAUUAACAAGCCCAGAGUGAAUGAGGAUGCAAAUGUGAAACUGAUCAGAGAACUGCGAGAAGAAAUCGAUAGGCUGAAAACUAUGCUGUUGAGCUUUGAACUGAGGAAUUCCAGUCCCUCUUGGAGUGAUGACAGGAAUGGAAAUCUGACUGAGCUGGUUCUUCAGAAUGAAAUGAAGAUUGAGCAAUUGACCAAAGACUGGACAAGUAAGUGGGCAGACAGGAAAGCCAUCAUGGAAGAAUACAGUGUGGACAUCAACAAAGAAAAAGCUGGAGUAACAAUAGAUUCUAAUUUACCUCAUCUGAUGGCUGUGGAUGAUGAUAUCCUCAGCACAGGAGUUGUGCUGUAUCACCUCAGGGAAGGAACAACCAAAAUUGGAAGAAGUGAUUCAGACCAAGAUCAAGACAUUGUUUUGCAGGGGCAGUGGAUUGAAAGGAAUCACUGUACAAUAGACAAUAACUGUGGGAUUGUGACACUGCAACCAGUUCAAGGUGCACGCUGCACUGUGAAUGGAUGUGAGGUGACUGGAUCGUGCCGUCUGUCACAAGGGGCCCUUGUUGUCCUUGGCAGGUCACAUAAAUUUAGAUUCAAUCACCCAGCAGAAGCUGCUAUCUUAAGACAAAGAAGAUCAAUUAAUGAAACCCCACGCACUCUAAGUUGUGGAGCUUUGGACUGGCUCAACUUGGAUGGAAGUUGCACCAAUUCUCCACACUAUAUCCUUUCUACUCUUUACAAUCAGAAAUGUAGAAACUGUAGAGAAAGCAAAUGUUCUCCUGAAGAAAGUAAGGAAAUAGAUGCUGUACAUGAAGAGUACAAGCAGAAACUGAGAGACCAGGAAGCUUUCCACAGAAAACAGAUUCAACAACAGCAGCUCUGUGUUGAAGAGUUAAAGCAGCAGAUCCUGAGAGGACAGAUCAAAGCAGAUCAGGAACUAGAAAAUGACCAAGCACUAAUCAACCAGCAAAUCGAAGAAAACCAGCAGUGGCUUAUAAAUGAGAAUAAACAUCUGGCUGCCCUUCAGCAACAACAGAGGGAGUUUGCAGUGCAAACAGAGCCUGCGCUGUGUGAAGAGGCUGAGGUGCAGAGUACCACUGGGCUGGAGGUCUGCCUUUCCCUGUUACAGCAGAACAAGAAGAGACUGGUACAACUGGAGCUCUUGCGCAGACACUCCUUAAAAAGGGCUGAAAGAAACAUAAGGCGGAAAAAGGUCAAAUUCCAGCUGGAAAGUAUAGUCAAGAAGCAGAAGUUAUUGGAAGCAAAGCAAAACCUAGAGCAGCUGGAAGCUAGCUGCUGGCCCAGUGAAGUGUGUGUGAAACAAUCCCACAUCCUAAAUGAAAAUAUUGCUGGACAGUCCUCUUUGGAUCACCAGUUGCGAAAGAAACAGAAGUCAUUGAGUUCGAGUUCCUUGCAGCACUGGCAGCAUUCAUUCUGUAACCCACAUCUGCCCCCGGUACACAGCUCUUUGUUGAAGAGGGAGGCUGUCUCAAAGUUAUCUACCUCACCAAAUAUUGAUCAAUACUGUGAAAGCAGUACAACAGGGAGGUUGUCACCUGCAGAAUGCCUUUACAGAAGUGGUAAAGACAUUUCUGGGAGUGAUGACCUUAAUGCUGAAAAGGGGAUCUCCUUUUCAGUCCAGUGGCAGCUAAGUGAAAAACAAAAACCAUCUUCAAUUGGAAAUAGAAAAGGAGCAGAAAAAGACUCUAAUGAUUUGUCUGUCAUGGCUUAUAUCAAUAAAAAUUAUCAAAAAAUUGAAAAGUUGGAUGACAACCCAGGGCAAACUGGAUCUCAAAAACAGACCUCUAAAGGCUCCUCUUCUGAUCUUUUUAAGAAGAAAGAUGAGCCUAAAACCUGUAUUACAGGGACAAGAAUGACAAAAUCAAAGGUGCUAGGAGAUUUCAGUCAGCCUGCAAGUAGCAAUCUAGAACAAAAUAGAUCUCAGGUAUCCAAUAAAAAGACUAGAAUGGAUAUCAAUGGAAGAGGCCACAGGUCUUCUCCAGAAAACUUUCCUAAACAGAUGAAGAAAACAGUGAAUGGAAACUCACCAUCAGUGCAUCUAAACCAAACAGCCGAGAACUGGAAGAGAGAGCCAAACUCAGCCUUGUCAAGUCAUGAGAAAUCAUCAGUUGAACAGAAAGAAUUUUUGAUGGCAGCAACAUCAGUAGGAAAUCUCACUAAGAUGAACUCGCUGGCACCACUGUCUUACGUUGAAAAAAAGUGGCACAGUGCUGAGAUGCUAAGUGCUGGAGUGUCCAAAACAGCUACAGAUGUGCAGGGGAACUGGCAAGAGGAUGAUGAAAAUGAGAUUUCUGAUACUGACAGUUCCUAUUCUGUAGAUUCUCUCUCCUGUGCUUAUGCAAAAGCUUUCCCAGAGAAACCAAAACAAGAAGAUUUUGACAGAAAUAAAUGUUUUGCCAACCCAGAAGAUUCUGAGAGUGAUGACAGUCAAAUGUCACAAGACUCUCUGGUAGAAAAGGAAAAUAAAGCCAAAAAGCAAAAUACAAGCCAAUAUCACAAUUUAAAAGCCCACCAUGAGCCAGCUAAGCUUUACAAAAGCAGAACUGAGCACCGUAUUUCAUCUUUGGUGACAUCAUAUGCAUCUCGUAAGGGACUGGGAAAGGCUGAAAGAAGCUUUUCUUUGGACAGCUUAGCUGAUGGAGAAGAGAUGCCACCAGAAGAUCUGGUAGAAGAAUCCAAAUCCAAUUCAUCUGAUGAAAUGCCAGCAGAGAUUUUCUGGAAAUUACAAACUCCUAGAUUACCAGCUACAGAGAUUGCGGAAGAUCAUAAGUCUGAGACCUGCCUCAGAGAUACAGAAGGGACAAAUUAUGAUCUGAAGGUGGGCAGUUCCUUUUAUUUGGACACUAAACCCCUCCCUGCUUCCAGUAAUGCUUGCAAGCAGUUGCUGAAGGGGACAGAAGUCUCCUUUGUAGAACAAGAAAGGUGUCUUGAUAGAAGACUGUAUUACGCAGGUGAAAAUCCUUUGCUUACUACGGCUGCUUGGUCUUCCUGUGACUCAAAGGCUGAUAUCAGCAGCCCCAGAAUAACAGCACCUUCUUCCCAUGAAAAUCUGGAAUUUCAAGAAGCUCAUCUGUGCUCUUUGAGCAAACCAGAGCUUUGGCUGAAGAAAGAUGAUCUAAAGCAGUCAGCUGCUGAGGUUUCUUUUGUUUCUGGCUCUAAGCAGAUUCACAGCAUUACUCACUUACCACAUCAUAUAAAUGAGGUAAAUUCAGUUUUCUCCUCUGACUUAUCAGAGGUGAUUUUACCUGAAACAACAACUGCGAACAGAAUUUCUGAAAGUGGAUCAUUAACUAAAAAUCUUAAGGGAGGGACAGACUCUAAUGAAAAUUCUUCCGUGAAGUCUCAAGAUGUAAUAUCCUCAUUUGUUAGCUCAGUAGGAUCAAGUUCCUCCUUCAUUCCUACUUCAGCAAAGUGUGAUUAUUAUGAACAUUCAAGGUCACAUCGUCCUGAACAAGAACAACUGAAUGAAUUAUCUACUUACAGGUCUCCCACCGAAUGCACACAAACAUUCAGCUGUUUGGAAAGCGCCUCCAUUGCAGACUUCUCAUCGCUGGUAUGUAGGAAACAGGAAGAUUCUCUCCCCACAAUUCAUCCAGAAUUGCCAAAAGAUCACAUUCUAAAAAAAGCACCUUUUAUUUCUGCGUUGCCUGUGCAAAUUGUGGAGCAGAGGAAUGGCUGUAUAGAUGCAGAUUUUGAAGAUCAUUUCUUCAGAACUUUUUCAGAAGAUGAGCUCAACAAUGACUGUAAUAACUUGAUGACAAAAUCAAGUGUGACAGAUUCAGGUAGCAGAACUGCAUCUGUCAGUGCACUUGGUGCUGAAUCUUCUGUGGAAUGUUGUCAUAAUAGGACCUCAACACAAACAUCUGCUGUAAAACAUCUUCAGUUUGAAAACCAUGGAGAGCUUUUUCCAAUUCGGAAAAUACCAACAUGCUGUGAUGAAGGUUUCUUUCUGAGUGACUUAAUAAAUAAGAACCACUCUCCAAUAAGCAGUUAUGAGUUUCAGAUGUUGGCUGGACAAGGAGCAGAAUCAGCUGUUACAGAAUGUCUCCUCAGGUCUGGGGAGAACAAUUCGGAAACUAUGCAAGAAACAGAUUGUGAACCCAUACCUGCAGAAGAAAUAACAACAGAGACAGAUUUUUCCUCACAGAAGACAACAUAUCAGUGUCACCCUUUAGUUGUUGCUGCUAGUGAAAGUUAUGACCAAUCUGCAACACCAAUAGAGAUGUCUCAGAAAGAGAUAAUCUGUAUGGAAACAAGCAUAGACAGCUUGGCAGAGUUUGUGCCAGAGGUGCCUUCAUUCAGCGAUCAUGAAGAACACGAAUCAAAGGAUGAAGACUUGUCUUUGCUGAAUCAUUAUGAACUCAAACACAAACCUGUUUCAAAGGUUUAUUCCCAUGAAUGUGCUCUAGCAGACAGUCACACAAGUUGCUUAUCCCAGCAAAUUUCAGAAAAUUCUAUGCUAUGCACUAAUAAUACAAGAGGUGAAAGCAAAGAACAUGAUGUCUUGAAUGCUCAGGUUGUAGUUCAGAAAGAAUUUUCAUCCAAAUACAAAAACUUAGUGGUAAAUGAAGGAAGUUAUUUCUUACUGAAUGUAAAUGGGAAAGACACUGAGUCCUUUCCGGCUGCUGUUUGUGAAAGUAUAGAUGACUUUCUCCCAGAGUCUAAUUCAAGCAUAUUUUAUAAAGCUUCAACAGAAGCUAAUGUUUUUCAAAGUGCAUCUGAGACCGAAAAUUGUGAUAAACUAUUGGAACACAUCACAAUAGUGAAAGGAGAUUGUGAUGCUGCAUCUAAUCUUGCUGUGGAAGUCAGUGCAACAGAAAGUUGUUCUGAUGUAUGUUCUGGCUGCCGUUUCACAACAUGCUCUUCAAAGUCAACAGGGCAGAAAAACAGGGCGGAUAAGACAAUUGACAUUUCUGUGGAAUGUGAUGCAUCCAUUCUCUUGGAAACAGAAACACAGAACAAAUCUUUACUUGAAUCAAGAAAGGAAAAAGAAGCCUUUUUUGAAAGCGAUUGCCCACAGGAUAUCUUUCUUGUUGAAGGUGAUGUAAAUUUAGAGUUAGGAAGGGUAUUUGAAUGCAACACAAAUAUAUCAGCUGCCAUAUCUCAAGAGGAGAGUCCAUACAUAAGUAAAGAAUCCAAAUUUUUAAGACACCUGGAAACUGAAAAAGAAACAGAAGAAACUAUGUCUCCUUAUCAGAAUACAGAGGCAAACACUGAUGAAGAAAUAAUAAAAUUAAUCAAUAGUACAAUCGACUUAGAAAUAAAUGAAUCGGAAAUUAAAUACAAACAAAUUGAAAGUUUACCUGAUAACCCAGUAGCCAAAGUCCAAAGUGUAACUGAAGACAGGAGUGGAAAGGAUCUUAAAGGCAUUAGUCUAUCUCAGACUCCAAAGAAACCUACUAGUAUUUUAGCUUAUGAAGUUCAGUGUGACUUUAAUACAAAUCUGUGCCUGACACAUGAAGAGGUGGACAAAGAUGAACUGCAGGAAGCCAGCACCAGGGUAGAACAUACUCAGGAAUCAAAAGCACUCGUGCAUGCUGGCAGCCAAGUUGAAACAAGCAGCUUUUGCCAAAAAGAAGUAAGUGAGAAAAGAGAAAUAGGUAUUUAUUCAUCAGAGUUUUCUGGUGCUCCCAAAACCACUCCUUCUGUUGUGUGUUCCCACACAACAGAUAUCACUCAGAAUACUUCUGACGUCCUUGAUACUUGCAAGGGGCUUUUACAGGUGAACAGAACAACAGAGAAUGUUGCUGCAACAGUACUAAUGACAAGGAGUCAAGGAAAUAUUUUAGCAAAACCUGAGAAUGAAGGACAAGUAAAUUCUAGCAAUUUAAUUGAGCAUUGUGUACCAAACUGUUUGCCCCAGGAAGACAAGGUUAAUAAAUGUGAAAUGACUGAGAGUGAAGAACAAAUUGUCAUGGCAAAUGCUGAGGGGCUGGUUAUUAUGAGGCAAGAAGACACAUGCACAGAUGAAAAUGUUUUAUUUACUGAACAGUCUCCAGCUCUGCAUCAGAUAUAUUGUGACAGAGAUGACAAAGACAAAAUUUUAAAUCAAUUUAAGAUCCCUGAAAUGUACUUGACAGCUUCAGAACUAGAACAGAAUAUGCUGUUAGAAGAUGAUUCAAGAUACCAUGAUCCUACUGAAAUGGGUGAGGAUUGUGGUUCAGUGGACUCUGUUAGAGAUAUAGGAAAUGCAGUCGAUGCAUGUGAAUAUUCAGUUGAUGAUAGUGCUGGUAUUGACCAAUAUAGAAUUGAACAGAAAUUUGCAAGUCUUGAGAGACCUGCACAUAUGAAUUGCUCUAUGCGAUAUCCUCAGCAUGGCACUUCAGAAAACUUGAAUGUAGAUGUUGUUAGAAAAAGUGAAUUGGAUCCAGUAGACUCCAGAGUUGAGGAGGAGAAAGUGCAUUUGAUGAAGCUGGUACAAAUGACCAAACCACACAGGGAAAAGCAGUUGUUCAUAGAAAAUACAGAGGAGGUAGAACUGACUGUUUUACAAAACCUCAACGAACUAUUCCCGGAUGACAGCUGCCAAAUGACACAUGAUGGCAGCAGAUUAGACAAAAUCUUAAGAGAAAGCCAGUGGGUAUCUACCAGCUUUUCUAGAAAUAAUGAAGACAUCAGCAAGCAACAAAAUCCACCAGUAACCCUAAAGUCUACAGAAAAAAACCUAGACCUUCAAGAAUCCCCAUGCCAGUCUGUAAAUCACCUUUUAUAUCUUGGAGUAAGUGAUGAUUCCCAUUUUGUUCAGGAUGUUCCCACUGCAUUGAAAGGACAUAUCGAACCAUCUAACAGCAGUCUUGGAACUGGACCUAUUUUGCCUUACUAUGAAACAUUCAUGGAAAGUGAGGUCGGUGUUGGUACAGUUAUAGUCAACAAAAUGGGAGAAGACAAACAUCUUCUAGACAAAACGCAAAGCAAGAAUGUAGCUUUUCUGCAAACCAGGACCAUACAGGACAGGCAGGAGGAAGAAUCCUUCAAAUUUAAAAGUGCACCUGAUUAUGCCAUAUCUGCACAACCUAUCAAUGAGAAACAUUCUUUCAUUCCCUACAGUGUAGGUGGUCCUGAGUCUGAAACUGUAGUGCUUCAACAAAGGGCCCAAGGAAACCCAUUUUCCUUGGAAAAAUUAGAUUCUUCUGAAGAUAUAGUUCAGGAUGUUAACAAUGCUCACGAAGAACACAGUAUGGGUUUAAUGGUUACUAAACUAUUAGAAGACUCUCUUAAUUCCAUAGAAGAUACAGCUCAAGAGGAAAAGGAUAAUACUGUGCAUGAUUCACUGUUCUUGGAUAAUUCAAACCUGCUUUCUUCUUCAGAGAGAGAGGUGAUGGAAGAUAUAGGAGUGGGGAAAAUGCGUUCUUUGCUAGAAAUCUCCUCCCAAAAAAUAUUUCAUGAUAUUAAUGCAACUCAGAAAGUACUUCACACAGGGAGUUCAUCAGUGCAUGAUGAGAAGGAGAAAUUUGUAAUCACAAGCUAUCCUACAGCAAACAGUAAAAUUGAAAAUGCCAACUUUCCUGGGGUAGCUGGAUAUCAGCAUGAGCCCAGAGCAAAUCAGGAAUAUCAGACUUCUGAAGCGUGCUGUGUAGACCAAUUAGGCAGCACUGUUUCUGAGAAUGCUUUAGCCCUUUCAGAAGAGUUCCUAAAUUAUAAUAGGAACUCAGGCACUUCUGAAUGUUCUCCUAGUCUUCUGAAUUGUCCAGCAUCAUCUGCAGAAAACUUAAUUGCCAGCAGUGGAGACAAAGGUAAAAACGAUGCUGAUCUCUCUGCAGAAACAAAUUACUUUACAAGUGGAUCAGUUGAUUUAAGUGUAUCUGUAACUUUUCCUGAUACUUCUCAGAACAAAGAUGAAAGGAAAAGUAAUUCUGCGGCUGCAGGGGCCACAUAUGCUCAGAAUAAUAAACUCUCUGAAAAAGUUGUAGGAACAAAUCAAAUGGAGAAAAUUAUUCAAGGUUAUUUUCAGAAUUGCAACGACAUAAAAGAAAAUAAAAUUAAUGAGCACUCAGAACACUACACUAAUAGUGUGACUGCAUCAGAAUUGGGCUUGCUUACUUUCCAGAGCCAAGGACAGAUUGGUGGUAAUGAGUCCAAGUCUCUUCCAUCAUGCUCUGCAGAAGACACUGCAACUGAUACACCAUUUCAAAGCUCCAAGAGCUUCAGUUGUUUACUUGAUGACUCAAAAACUCUAGCACUUAGUCAGUUUGAGGACUCUCUUCAGGACACUCGUUUGACUGAGAAAGUGUCCUCCAUUUCUGCAGAUGUGUGCUCUGUAAAAGAAGAUUUUCCCCAAGCAUUUGCAAGAGUCAAUCACUCAUCCUUAAAAACGUUUUCAGAAUAUUCUGUACCUGCAGAUACAGACCAUGGUGAAAUUGGCACAUAUGAUAUUUCACAUUCAAAUGCAUUGAAACAUCCUCCAUUUGCUGUUUUGCAAAUGCAAGAUACUCAGUCUGAUAAGGCUGUGGUAUUUGAUAAGCCAAUACAUGCUUCAGGACGUAUUUUACUUUCUCUUGCAAAAGAAAACAGGCAUUGUCCAGUGUCAGACACAGACUGUACUUCAUAUGAAAAUUCUCCUGUAGAUGGGGAACCUCUAUAUGGAAAUAAUCAUAAAAAAUUUGACAAUGAUGUGAAAGUUGAUCAGCAUCAUAGCGGUAAAGUUCCACCACAAGAAGCUUGCACAGAACACACAGAGAAAGUAUUAAAUGAUAAUUCUCUUUUACUACCAUCAUUACCUUGCUGGGAUACUGGAAAGGCAAUUCUUGUUAAAGAGGGACAAAUGAGAAAAAUAGUAAAUAGAAAUGAGGAAGAACUGCAUUCAAAUAUUGAGGCUGAACAUUUUGCAGUAAAGACAGACCAGAGAAAAAUAUUAAGUAGAGAACCUGCUGAAAAGCAGACUAAUGUAUCCUCAAGUUCUGCAAAUGAAUUAAUAGGCUCAGAAGUUACAGUGUUGGAAAAUAUCUAUCCAGGAGAUGUUGAAGUGGAUCCUGAAUACACCUGCAAUUCAUUUAGUCCAUCAUAUCCCACAUACAGCAGAAGCACUGAUCCCAGGCAACCGUAUCACACAGUCUUGGGUUUUGAAAGAAACCCUGCAGAUCUGCAAGAUAAUUGUCAGCAUGUGCCUCUAGGUAAACACGUAGAGCAGGUGCCAGAUAGAACAAAUUCAGAUGAUAGAAAAGAGAUUUUACUUUGCAAAAAUAAUCCUGGUUCAAGUGUUGAUAGCCCUGAUGAUGAUGCUGAUGCAGACAGUUGUUCAACCACGGGAGACACUAUAAUGAAGAGUAAGACUCUGAAAUCAGAAAGGCUGACAUUUUCAGUAAUGAAUAAUGAAACUACCUCCAUAAAGUUUUUGCCAGAAAACAAUUAUUUUCCUCCUCAAGAAUCCAAAUUGGUGCAAUUCAGGAGCAAAAGGCCAUAUUCUACUACACGGAGUACCAAGAACUGUAAACAAAGUGAAUGGAGACCUUAUUUACAAAGUCACAGAGCAUCAGCCCCAGCUAUUGCUGCCUUUUCUGAUACAGAAUAUGCUUUGGAAGCUUCAUCUAAGGCAGAUCCCUUGUUAUAUUCUGCAUCUAAAUCACUGCAAGAUUUAAAUAUGAGUGUAGAGCCUCCAUCACCAACUGAAGAUGAUCUUUGUGGAAUUGAAAGAUUUUCAAAGCAGGAAUCAAAUAACUUUCUACAGGUUAAAUCUAAACCCAGGUUUCAGCAAAGAAUGGCACAAACUAAAAAACUUGCAAACUGCAAUCCCGAAAAUUUACAAAAUUUUGCAGCAGGAAACCAAAGCAGCCAUUCUAUAAAAGACUGUACUACUCAAUCUCCAUCAUCCUUACUGCCCACAGCUCACAGUUCUGUGGGUGCAGAAACAAAUGUCUAUUCAAAGAGUAGUUCUGUAGCUUUGUGUAGUGAAGGUAAAGGCGAAGAACCUCGAUACCAGCCAGAAACAGAUUUAUUUUUGCAAGACAAUAAAGAUGCAAUGCAUUUUAGUUCAAGUGAUAUCAACCCAUAUAAUCACCCCUGGCAACAAGAUGGAUCAUGCAAGAUUGGCUGGAAACAGUAUGUUUUUGGAAGUGCAAGUGAUGUCUCUUGCAAUCAAAUUCCUUUAAAUAUGGAACAUUGUAAAGUUAUGAGAUGUUCCAGUGUAGACAAUGGUUUGAAUUCUCAAAAUUCUCCUUUUCAUUCUCAUCUCAGUUCAUAUGCUACAGCAAAGGUUUUAUCAAGUACUUUAAGCAGCAUUGAAGGUCUUCAGGGAUGGGACAGCGUCAGACAAGACUUUCAAUCUGCAUACUCGAGUGACAGUACCAAGCAGUAUAGCACUGUAUCCAGUGAAACAUUGGAAACUAAUUCAGAAAAUAAUACUGCUGAAUUUGAGAAUCCUUCUGCACAACCUGGUAACUCUUCAGUGCAGGUUGAUGAAAUUGUACUGUUAUAUCCUUCUGAGUCUGAAAGGUCUUCCAAAAAACUACCAGGGAUUACAUGUGAGCAGGGAACACAAACAGCAGCUACAGGAAGGUGUAAAAGGCAGAGAAGACAUCAGAGAAGUUAUACAGAUGUUUCUGCAAGAAAGGAGGAAACAAACAGGGAUUUAUUUCAUCAACCUUCUUCUUGGGCAAGCAUGCAGAACCUGUCCAUGCAUCUGUCACAGCUUCUUCAGAACACUUCUGAGCUGUUGGGAAACCUCUCCCAACAGAGUAUUACAGAUAAUGAGCAGAGUGCUAAAAUCAAACAAAGAGGAACUGAAGAUGCUGUAAAGGCUACUAGAUCAGAUAGCUGCACUCAGACUACAGCAGAUGUAGGCACUCAAACUGAGAUUUUGGAAGAACAUCAAAGCAAACAUGAAGAAAAACAAGUGGAGGCAAAAGUGGAAAAUGAAUUGAGAGCAGCUCAGAUAGUAAACAUUGAUUGGAAAGAAAUUGGUGCAGAUGCAGUAGAAAAUAUUCCCAAAAGGAAAGAGGAAAAACUCUCUCUUGAAGAAAGAAUACAAGAGCAGACAGGGAUGAGAAGUCUUGGCAAUCCUGACUUCCAUGACAGUCUUGACAGCAUUUUGGAAGACUCUUUUAUGCAUCUGCCUCGCUUACCCAGAACCUCCACUCCUUUCUUACCUUUUCAAAAAACAUCAUCAAAUGCACAGCAGAAUGCUGCUUUUGCUAGUACCAGAGUUUCAUCUCUCAUAUCAUCUUUGCCGAGUCCAGGGCAAGACGGUUCUUCAUGCACUGUAAUCAGCAGCUCUACUAAUAGCACCUCUCAAUCUCCAGCACCUUAUGCUCAGGAUAAAAGAAGUGUCAUUGAAAGAGGGGCUCCAGCAGAAAGAAAGUUUUGUUACAAAAAUACCCUGCUAGUUGAUAGGGCCUCUUCCCCUAUUCUUACUCUUAGUGCUAGUCCCAGCAGCCAAACUGCUUUUAGCAAGCCUAUCUGCCCUGUUAAGGAACCUCUUGGAUAUUGCAGCGUUGCUUCAAGUCCCAUUCGCAAUCAGAGAAAGCAGAGGGCAGUUCCACAGUCCAGCAUGCAACCUCAUGUGGACAAUUUUUCACAGACAGAAACAGACAGUGAAUCAGGUGCUUCUAGAGAACAUAAGGGCAUAAGAAAGAAAUCUGGAAGUUUCUCAAAUAAGAAAGCAGCCAAAGAGCUUUUAGGACAGGGUGGUUCAAAAGACCUGGAACAGCUACAUGGACUCAUGGUUGACACCCACACUACCAUUUGUGCAAAACAGUCAUAUCACUCUAGAGGUGUGUUGGAGGUGUCAGGCCACAGUGAAGUUGUAACAGGUGAUGUCAGAGACCAUGGUUCACUGGCACGUUCAGUUCAUUGUAUGUAUGUUAUGAGGGGAGGAAGAGGUUCUUCAGCUGGAAUCAGACAUGAAAAAUACAUUGGGAAUUCUGAUUCUGCUUUGAUUCACAACUCCUCAUCUCCAAAUGCUGACUUGUUUUUUAAUAAAAAUAUGAGUGCUGCUUGUUCCAGUAAGACAAAUGCUGGCAUGUCCUCAGAACCUCUCGUAGAAGCAUGUUCUCUACAAUUUCAUGAUUUCUUCUGGAACAAUGAGAACAGCUGCCCUCCCCCACUCUCUGAUGUGAGCGAUGUGCAAACCUCCUUCCAAGACGACAAUACAGAUUCUAUCACUGAAAGCGAAUGUGACACUGAAAUUCCUCUCAACAGAAACACUACCUUUGCAAAGCCAUACAGGCCUAGGAGCUACAGUCUCCGUGACUUACCUCUACACAAUAAAUUUAGCAACUGGUGUGGUGUGAAGGGCAGCCCUCCUUCCUCGUUUCUCGGCUUGAGUGGCAGUGCGACUGAUUUACUAAGUCAGGCAGAAACGAAGCCUAGAAGCAGAGGAGCAGCAGAAGUGAAAGGGAAAUCCCAGCUUUGUGACAGCAGGAGCAGAGAGAUUGAGAGACUUCAGAGAGAGCGUGCUCAGAUCAUGUCUGGCAUUCACCUGGAUCUGCAUCAGCAUCCCCUCACGGUGGAGCUGACUGAAGCCAAACUCAAUUACGGCAUUGGGGAAACAGAUGCUCUGCUGAGAGCCCUUCAGAGUGGAACUGCAGAUGACCCGGUGGCGAGUCCAGUGAAGCAGCAACUUUAUGAAAGACACAUGAGAACUAUUGAAACUCUGAGGAAGGAAAGAGAAAAAAGACUGCAGAGCUACCAAAGAAGCCGAAGUCUGAGUCCUCAAAAGCAUUUGAGUCUGUCUCAGACUCUGGAUGCAGGUCAGAGGGAUCUAGAUCUCCCUAGCAGACGCCGAGAAUAUCUGCAACAGCUGAGAAGAGAUGUGGUGGAAAAUACCAGAGUUCAAGAACCAAAAAGAAGAAGCAUUGAGCAUCCUUCAGACAUUGAACUGUUGCUCCGAGACUACCAGAGGGCACGAGAGGAAACCAAAACUGAAAUUGCACGAGCUAGGGACAAACUUCGGGAGAGAGCAGAACAAGAAAAAAGGCGAAUAUGGCAAGAAGUAUUUUCUCAGUUACAGAAGGAAGAAGCAAGGCUGAAGACUCUUGCAAGUACAAGCACUUUAUGUACAGACUCCAGCCUCAGCCUCUCCUCUGGCCCAACAUCUGGUUACAAUAGCAGUAAUGCUGCUACGUACACUGCAAGUAACCUCAGCAGCCAGGAAGGGCAGGUUUCUUCUGGAAAUACUUUGGUUUCAAGAGACACACGAGGUCGUUCAGCUGUUAGAAAUAGUCAGCUUUAUAUUUUAGAGCAACUACAGAAGGAUUCCGUAUUUGAAGCCAGCAGAAUUGAGCCACCUCUUCCUCCUAGUAGCACCAGCUGUAGGUUCACUCAUGGAUUAACUAUUUCUGUCAGCAACUCUUCAACAAAAGGAUACCAAGAUUUAUCCAAACAUAUCUUGUCCAAUGCUACUACUGAGGUAAUGGCAGCAUGCUCUCAUAACCUGAGGAACCUCUACACAUGCCAGGCAGCAGCUGGGUGGAAAUAUCAAUGUACAGAAAAAGAAGUGCAGGUUUACUACAAAGUAUUCCCUUCAGCAACAAGGCAUGGGUUUCUGGGAGCAGGAGUGAUAGAAAGACCUCUUCCCUAUGUAUGGGGACUAGUGAGAGAUCCUGGCAAAAGGCAUCUGUAUGACAGAUCUAUCAACAUGGCUCGAAUACACAAGAAGGUAACCAGCCACAUUCACCUGGUAUAUUUAGUGACAGAUACCUCCCUAUGUUAUCUAAAGCAACCCCGGGACUUCUGCUGCAUUACUGUAGAAGCCAAAGAGGUAAAGUAAACAUUCUCUCU